UUAAUGAAUAAACGGAUGUCUACCAUGAUUAAAUUAAACGCAAACAGUGGCCAUUCAUUUGUUCUCCGUGCACUUGUCGAUGUGCAUGAUACAAGAUAUUUGUGUUGGCACUCCUGGAAGUGUCAUGUUUGCAGCAUCAGAUCUGUGCUAUGCCGUUAAGAUCAAUCCAUAAUCAUGUAAAAUAAAUUGGCUUUCAAGGAUCCUAUACCUUGCCGUCAUGAUUAACACAGGCUAACGAUUGGGGCAAAUUCUGUCAUGUGACACUAUAUUUUUGCGUUAAUGCCAAUUUUCUUGACAAAAAGUGUUUCCAAACCAGUUUUUCGCUACAUUUGAUGUACCGACAUAGUUUAUGCGCUAGAGUUAAACGAAAAAAUAUUAUGUUGACACUUGUGAAAUUUUAGCGAUAAUUUGGGUUUCCAUCAGCUUUAUUUUGAUGCGCUAAAACAUUUUUCGCAAAAAAUCCUUGGAUGGAAACAUAGUAACUGUUGGAUUGCGCUCUUUUGACAUCAGUGUGGUCGCAUCCUUCAUAGGAUUUAAUGCCCUCACAACGUCAUCUGCAUUUGUCAAAUCUGUUUCAGUGAGCGUGCACAGGUCUGACUCUCCUUUUCUGACUUCUGGAGGCAGCAAGGUGGCACAGAUUGCAGGUUGUUGUUCCAAGAACCUCUCGACCAUGUCGUAUGCACUGUUCCAUCUUGUUGCAACAACAGUUAUCAGCUUAUGAUUUUUCAGACCUAGGUUUCACUUUCAGACAGUGGCUCGCUGUGGUGCUUCGGUGGAAGAAUGUUGAUAUUCGUCUGACUCUGCCCAGAAGCCUGGAGAGCGUGGCCACUUUAAGUUCAGACUUGAUGGAAGUGACAGAGGAAAGUGAAGAACUCAGUGAAGAGGAGGAGGAGGAACAGAAUCAAGAACCUGAUAAUGUCAGAACUGUAGAGAAAUCUGCUUGCUGCUCACACACUGAAAAGAAGUCACAAAAAAGAACUCAAAAAGUGGGCCCCAAAAAGUCUUUCACCUGCCUUCAGUGUGGAAAUACUUUUACAUGUAAAGGAAGCCUCAGGGAUCACACAAGAAUCCACACUGGAGAGAGACCUUUCAUGUGCAAUCACUGUGGAAAGGGGUUUAAACAAAAAGGAAGUCUUACAGAACAUGUACGAAUUCACCUUGGAGAGAAGCCUUACAAAUGCCAUCAUUGCAACAGGGGAUUCAGACAAAAAGGAAGCCUAUUGCAACACACAAGAAUUCACACUGGAGAGAAGCCUUUCACAUGCCAGCAGUGUGGGAAGAGUUUCACACAGAAAGGAUACUAUAAAACUCACAUAAAAACUCACCUUACUGAGAAGCAUUUCAUAUGUCUUCAGUGUGGAAAAGGUUUUGCUCAGGCAGGACACCUGAAAUCACAUGAAAUUGUGCAUGCUGAAGUGAAGCCAUUUCAUUGCGCUCCAUGUGGCAUGAGUUUUAGCCAACAGAAUACUUUAAAAAGGCAUUUAAAUUCAUUUAAACAUAAUAAAUAUAGAUGCCUAGAAAAAUUCAUGGUCCAGAGUUUACCGUCAAGUCAUACUGUGCCCUAACACUUUUAAGUAAUUAGUGUGAAAAUCAGAAACUCAAAGUUGAAAUUUCUCAAAGAGCAAUUUGAUGUAAGAGGGUGAUAUGCACAAAUCUAUUUCCUGCAGUGACGAUCAAAUUAUAUUUUGGAAAACUUGUCUUUUGCUGUGAAAUGCCAACAUUUUUGUAGGGCAGUUUAUGUAGUAUUAAAUCAUCAAAAAUAAGAUGUCCUGCAUUUCUUUAUAUCUUUAAAAAUGUAAUUGUGUCAAUCAAAGCUGUUGAGUGGUGAUGCUUUGAGAACUAAAAGACUUGUGGGUGACAAAAAGACUGCACAAAUAAUCGAAAAAAUAGACAAGAUUACAUUUUGUGGCAAUUACAGAAUUCCCUUUAGGUAACUAAAACAACACAAUUCUAGAACAUUUUGUCAACUUUAUUUAAUUGUGUUCUAUCCAUUUAAAUUAGUUCUUAAUUUGAUUUGGGACUACAAUAAUACUUUUUUUUUGGUGUUAAUGUAGAGUUGAUGAAUCUGAGCAGGGGAUGUCCAUUUUCCAGCAUGCUUUGCAUGGGACUUGAUAGGGAGAGUAAAUUCUUCCCAGAUUCUGUUUAUGUAUGGCCAUCAGUAACAGUCCUUAAGAUUGAGUUUAAUGCAGUCUGACGCAUGUUUUAUGUCUCGCAUGAACAUUGUUCUCAGCUAGUUUUGGAUGUUGCCUAAAUAAGGAAUAUACAAUAACAAAGAAAUAUAGCUGCGAGCAGCCUUAACGGGGUUCAAGCGGUUUAAGGCCUUUAAGCACAUGCAUAAAAAGGUAUUAUGUUUUAUUUAGCAAGCAUGUAACCACCUAGAUCAUAGAUGGAAUAGACCAUUUACAGCCAAUACAGGCAAUUUACUAAGGAAAUACAUGGUUUUUAAAGCUCAUAGCGCCACCUAUGGUCCGAUCUCCAUAAAAGUCUGCAUGCCUAAUUUCGUGAAGUUCUUAGUUUUUGUUUAGGAAUUAUGGGCUUAUUUGUACACUUGACCACGCCCUAAAUGACACUGUUAUAGCUACCCAAAGGGUAAAGUAAAAAAAAAAAUAAUAAUUUUUUUUUUGAUAAUUAUUGACCUAGAGAGUCCAGAGAAUUGUACUGCAUUUGUUUUAUUGAGGUUGAGCGAAAAACCUAGGACUAGUUCAAAAAAGUAGUUUUUUUUUUUUUUUUUUACAUAAUCGUAAAUAUUUAAUGAACGACUUGAUUGACAGCAGUGGUUCUUGAGGCAAAGUUGUUCAGUAUGAGGAGAUCUAACAAAUGAUAUGAAUUAUAGCUGCGUCCCAAUUCAGAGGCUGCAUCCUUCAAAGGUCGCAUUCGAAGGCCUAUUGCGUCACUGCUGCGUGACAGAGGCUGUCCCAAUUCAAAGGCUCCUUCAAAUGCGGCCUCCAAAUGCAUCCUUCAUUUCCCGUGUAAUGAAGGUUACAACAGAUGGAUCCUUUGCGGCCUUUAUGGUCACAACCAUAAGCGCUAUGUUUGGAGAGGGGUCAACAAGUAUUGUGCUCCUUGAAACAACCACACCGUCUUUUUCCAGAGCAGCCUGUAUUACUCCUGAGGUUACCUGUGUUUUUUUUCUUUGUAUCCCGAACAAUUCUUCUGGCAGUUGUGGCUGAAAUCUUUCUUGGUCUACCUGGCCUUGGCUUAGUAUCAAGAGAUCCCCGAAUCUUCCACUUCUUAAUAAGUGAUUGAACAGUACUGACUAGCAUUUUCAAGGCUUUGGAUAUCUUUUUAUAUCCUUUUCCAUCUUUAUAAAGUUCCAUUACCUUGUUAUGCAGGUCUUUUGACAGUUCUUUUCUGCUCCCCAUGGCUCAGUAUCUAGCCUGCUCAGUGCAUCCAUGUGAGAGCUAAUAAACUCAUUGACUGUUUAUACACAGACACUAAUUGCAAUUUAAAAAGCCUUGGGAAAUGAACCUUUAAUUGCCAUUUAAACCUGUGUGUGUGUGUAACAAGGCCAAACAUUCAAGGGUAUGUAAACUUUUGAUCAGGGCCAUUUGGGUGAUUUCUGUUAUCAUUAUGAUUUAAAAAGUAGCCAAACAACUAUGUGAUAAUAAAUGGCUUCAUAUGAUCACUAUCUUUAAAAGGCAAUGCCAAAAUUUCACAAUUUCUGCCAGGGUAUGCAAACUUUUGAGCACAACUGUAUCUUAUGCAAUGUUGUUUCUAAAACAAGAUCAAUCAAAUUGAUCUUGCUUUAAGGAUUUUAACAUAUUUUUACAGGAAAACAAUAAAAAAAUUAUCAAGAAUAAAAUUUUUGCCCUAAUAUCAAAGGUCUUACUAGAAAAAACUAAUUAUGAUCCAACGUGAAUUUUCUUGAUAAAAAAAUAUGAUCGUGCCUGGUAACGUGCUUGUAAAAUGGCUAGAAAUAGCAUUUUAGAUUAGCGUAAAGCUCACAAUUUACACAAGCUUUAAACUUACUGCAAACUUCUCUGUCUGCUCGUAUGAAUGUAACGCAUCAUAAGAAGGUGUUUCACCGCUUUUCAAAUGCACUUUGGAUCACAUCAUUUAUAUGUAUAAAUGUUUCCAUCUGAAAGGACUAAAUAUUAAAUGAAACAAAUGACAAUAAAAUGCAAAGUAAUCUCUUCAGUAAUCAAAAUACUUUUUGAAUGUAACUUUAUUCUAAUUACCAAUGAUUUAAAUUGUAACUGUAGUGGAAUACAGUUACUUAUAUUUUGUAUUUUAAAUACGUAAUCCCGUUACAUGUAUUCCGUUACUCCCCAAACCUGUGUGUGUGUGUGUGUGUGUGUAUGUAUGUGUGUGUGUGUAUAUAUAUAUAUAUAUAUAUACACACACACACACACACACAAACACACACACACAUAGUUUACAUGCACUUAGGUUGAAGUAAAUAAAACUCAUUUUUUAACCACUCCACAGAUUUCAUAUUAGCAAACUGUAGUUUUGGCAAGUCGUUUAGGACAUGUACUUUGUGCAUGGCAUGAGUAAUUUUUCCAACAAUUGUUUACAGACAGAUUGUUUCACUUUUAAUUGAUUAUAUCACAAUUCCAGUGGGUCAGAAGUUUACAUACACUAAGUUAACUGUGCCUUUAAGCAGCUUAGAAUAUUCCAGAAAAUUAUGCCAAGCCUUUAGGCAAUUAGCCAAUUAGCUUCUGAUAGGCUAAUUGGAGUCUAUUGGAGGUGUACCUGUGGAUGUAUUUUAAGGCCUACCUUCAAACUCAGUGCAUCUUUGCUUGACAUCACGGGAAAAUCAAAAUAAAUCGGCCAAGACCUCAGAAAAAAAAAUUGUGGACCUCCACAAGUCUGGUUCAUCCUUGGGAGCAAUUUCCAAAUGCCUGAAGGUACCACAUUCAUCUGUACAAACAAUAGUACGCAAGUAUAAACAACAUGGGACCACGCAACCAUCCUGCCGUUCAGGAAGGAGACGUAUUCUGUCCUAGAGACUAACGUAGUUUUGUAAAUUUGCAAAUCAAUCCCAGAACAACAGCAAAGGUCCUUAUGAAGAUGCUGGAGGAAACUGGUAGACAGGUUUCUAUAUCCACACUAAAACGAGCCUAUAUCGACAUAACCUGAAAGGCUGCGCAGCAAGGAAGAAGCCACUGAUCCAAAACUGGCAAAAAAAAGCCAGACUACAGUUUGCAAUGCACAUGGGGACAAAGAUCUUACUUUUUUGGAGAAAUGUGAAACAAAAAUGUAACUCUUUGGCCAUAAUGACCAUCGUUAAAUUUAGAGGAAAUGAGUGAGGCUUGCAAGCCGAAGAACACCAUUCCAGCCGUGAAGCAUGGGGGUGGCAGCAUCGUUUUGUGGGGGAGCUUUGCUGCAGGAGGGACUGGUGCAUUACACAAAAUUGAUGGCAUCAUGAGGAAGGAAAAUAAUGUGAAUAUAUUGAAGCAACAUCUCAAGACAUCAGCCAGGAAAUUAAAGCUCGGUCACAAAAGGGUCUUCCAAAUGGCUAAUGACCCCAAGCAUAUUUCCAAAGUUGUGGCAAAAUGGCUUAAGGACAACAAAGUCAAGGUAUUGGAGUGGCCAUCACAAAGCCCUGACCUCAAUCUGAUAGAAAAAUUGUUGGCAGAAUUGAAAAAGCAUGUGCGAGCAAGGAGGCCUACAAACCUGACUCGGUUACACCAGUUCUGUCUGGAGGAAUGGGACAAAAUCCAGCAACGUAUUGUGAGAAGCUUGUGGAAGGCUACCCAAAAUGUUUGACCCAAGUUCAACAAUUUAAAGGCAAUGCUACCAAAUACAGUACUAACAAAGUGUAUUUAAACUUCUGUCCCACUGGGAAUGUGAUAAUAGAAAUAAAAGCUUAAGUAAAUCAUUCUCUCUACUAUUAUUCUGACAUUUUAAAUUCUUAAAAUAAAGUAGUGAUCCUAACUGACCUAAGACAGGGAAAGUUUUCUACGAUUAAAUGUCAGGAAUUGUGAAAAACUGAGUUUAAAUGUAUUUGGCUAAGGUGCAUGUAAACUUCAACUGUGUGUGUGUGUGUGUAUGUAUGUGUAAUAUAUAUAUAUAUAUAUAUAUAUAUAUUAUACAUAUGUAUGUAUCACUUUAUUUUCUCCAGUUUGCUAUGAGAGUCCAUCAAUAAAGCAGAGAGCUUCUCUCUAUUGCGUUUUGGGGGGAAUACAAUUUGUAAUACUAAAACAUCUGAAAUUUUAGAACAAUCUCACCUAAAUAUCACGCAGGGGCUACUUUUCUUACUGCUUACAUCUACUUUUAUUCAGAUCAUUAUUAUUUUUUAAAGUAUACAGUCUACAUUAUGGCCCUUCUCUUCAGUCACUUGUUUUCCAGCAAGACGUGAUGCAAUCAUGUGCUGACUUGCAUUAUGUUCUUGUUCUUGACAAGUGAUGACAGAAUUUUCAUUUUUGAGUGAACUAUCACUUUAAGUCAAUAGUUACUUUAAAAAUGUCAGUUUAAUGUUGACAAAUUACAUUUUUUAACAGAUUAAAUCUUGAGAGAACCUUGCUUAUAUAAUAUGUAUAUUAAAGAUAGAUUGAUAAUAUUUUCUUAUUAUGUGGCCUAUAACUUAUUUGUCGACUGGAUUCGUGUGGAUUAUUCAGAACAUUCACUUGCAUUGUUUAAAGGAGGAGGCCUGAAAUGAAAUCCUAAAAAUCUUAAAUUCUGUUUUUAUGAAGAAAGAAACUCGGAUACAUCUUGGAUGGCCUGAGGGUGUGUAAAUUAUCAGCAAAUUUUCAUUUUUGGGUGAACUAUUCCUUUAACUGUGGUAUAUGUUGUGGUUUCUCCCGGUAUUUCUGAUAUUAAUAUCUGCAUGAAACAGAACUUUCUUUUGUCUGUGCAUGUAUAACAACAUUAUUCUGG